UAAAUUUGGGGACUUCCCUGCAUAGACACUUUCAGUUCUCCUCCUCAAUUAUUCUAUAACGCGACUGCCUGUUCCGCAGUUGUUUCAUACCUUACUAGCCGCUGAGCGUUACCUGUCUGACAAAAAUAAUAAUAAUUUAGUGCGCGAGUGCAGGAUGGCUGACCAACAGGAUGCAUCCCUCCUUGAACGCUCUGAAAGUCAGGGCAGUGUCGACGUUGUGAGAAAUACGAGGUCCCGCUCGAGCGACCUGAAGAUCGCGGGCGCCAUCUUCCUGGUGUGCAUGCUCAUCGCCGGGCAGGGCCUCACCGCCUACUUCGUCAUCAACCAGAAGGACCAGAUCGGCAGCCUGGAGAAGACCGCGGACCUGCUGAAGAUCAAGCUGACGCAGGCGUCCAGAGGGUCCUCCGGCAAGAUGGUUCGCAUGCCCGUGUACAGCGCGCCGCUGAUGACCAUGGACUUCUCAGACGCUGACACCAAGAAGAAGCCGCUCGUGAAGCUGGAGAACACCGUCAUGGUCAGUCUGGAGAAGCAGGUGAAAGACCUCCUGAAGACCGAUCAGCUGCCCCAGUUCAACGAGACGUUCAUGGCCAACCUGCAGGCCCUCAAGGACCAAUCGGAGGAGUCGGAGUGGAAGGAAUUUGAGAGCUGGAUGCGCCAUUGGCUGGUCUUCCAGAUGGCCCAGCACCCUGCACCCACCCCAGUGCCCGCCACCACCCCCCCGUCAGCCUCCAAGCUCCAGACUAAGUGCCAGCUGGAGGCCACACGUAAGAUCUGGCUGGGGAACUUCCGCCCGCAGUGUGACGAGCAGGGCAACUACCUGCCCAGGCAGUGCUGGCACAGCACCGGCUACUGCUGGUGUGUGGACAAGGACGGAGUGGAGAUCCCCAACACCGCCAUACGGGGGAUGCCUCAGUGUGGAGGCAUGCCUGUGGAUGGCAGGAUGAUGGCCAUGCCCAGCCUUACCAAGCUGAUGAAGGAUGACGACACACAGUAAAUGCAGGAUCCUGACCCCUGCCGCCAUUGGUUCUCAUAUUUUAUCUCUUACUGCGAGAUUUACAAUCAUUAAUGACCCGCUUGUAAGGCCUGUCCGUCUCUCCUUUUCAUUUACACUCUGUUACGGUGGCAGGUGUUUAAAGUCUGCAGCAUUUUUUAUGUACGGCUGGUGAGGAAGACUUCGUGCGGCCAUUUUGAAAGUGGACGGCGAACCAUUUUAGAAAGCCUUUGAAGAUGGAAGCUUUCCUGCUCUUAUCUCUCCCCCCCCCCCCCCCCCCCCCCAACCCCCUCACCCCUCUAAUCUUAGACACAGCUAGCCCUAAUCCACCAAGCUCUCUCCAUUCAAAUACUCACAAGCAGUGGAUAAUGGGUGAAAAGCCUUCACUUUAGAUUAUUAUUUUAUAAAAGAUACUUUGAUGAUACUAAUCAACUCAGCUGUCAUCUUUUCCUUAAUUUCAAUUUGAAGUAUGCUUAAAUAGACAAGGAAGUUUGGAAUAUUACAGGAUGUACACAGAAAGUCUUUUGAAUAAAGUAAUUUGAACUAAA